UACCAUCAAUUUCAUAGUUUUCAGUUCUUGUGCUGUAUAGAUUAGUUUGUAAUAUAUCUCCCAAGAUAUUCUCAUAGAAGUUGUGUUUCCUGCCGACAGACAAAAUGUCUUGUUAGGCCCUUUCCCGAAAACUUUCAGCUUAAUUAACGAAGAAUUGCUGAGGGAAAAUGGAAGACCAAGGAAGGGGUCGCAAGGAGCAGGAACACGUUCCCGGGAACUGGUUUAGUACUUGGGAGGAACAGUUGCUAGUCGAGGCUGACAAUGAUCCGUCAUUCGAAGCCCAGUUCAACAAUUAUCAACGCCAUACCGACCAAAGGUUAUGGAUCUCGUUCCAGAAUACGGCGUCGUCCAUCGCACAGUUAUAUAAAGAACGACUCCAGGAUCGGGAUUCAGGUUGGAUACCGUUCCAAACUGCUGCAGCAUCUGCCACCAAUCUGUAUAAAGAAUCUGCAGAAGCAUCCAAAACCAACCGAGAUCUGGCGAUACAGUGUGGAUACCAGAGGAGGAAUAAAGAACUGUUGGCCUGGGUUAGAAAAAAGAAAAGAAAUAUCAGGAGAGAAGAUCUAAUAAGCUUUCUAUGUGGGAAAUCCCCUCCUCAUCGAUCAAGUGUAUCGUCACGGUCCAGUAGGCCUUCGUCCUCAGCAAGUGUUAGCAAGACAGAUGUAGUGACCCAUGACAGUGACCUUCAACAGUUCCAGGAAGCUCUUUCUAUGCAAGGUUUAAAUGGAGCUAUGGCAGGGAUAAGUGUACGCAGCCAUCCAGGGUCCCCCAAUACAAGAGGACACAGAGCAUCACCCAACCAUUCAGGAGUCCCUCCCGAUCUUACCAACUUCAUUGCAGAAGAGUUUCGUCGCCGUAGAAACAACCCUUCACCACCAUCCACAUCCACAACAAGUGCCACUAGAGGUCGCUCUAACUCUCCAUCUGUUCCUCCCACAAGAAAACGUCAUCCGUCUUCCGAAUCCAAUUCCGAUUGUCCGUCGGUUUCUAAGAAAUCACGGAAAUAACAAACUGAGAGUUCAAAUCAGUGACUUCCUGACUAACUUCCACUUCAUGAGGUCAAAGGUUGCCACGGUUCAGUUGUUUUAUUACAAAUUCUGAUUAACUUCGUAACUAUAAAGCAUUCUCUGCCAUAGAUUUGUCAUUCAAUUGCCGUCCUGGAAUCAGGCUCUCGACAAACCCAUCUAUAGGAUCAAAUCCAUACAUUUGAAACGAAUACCGGGCUGCCUAUUCCCAUACUCGACAUGGACUAGUAAUUUGACAAAGGCAGUUGUAUGGCUAAGUCGUCUUAUCAGUUUUCCCUCCUCCGGAAAUUAAAUAUGAAAAUCUCAUUCUAUUUCUUAGAUACAAGUCCAUACAUUUGAAAAGAAUGACAGGCAGCCUAUUCCCAUACUCAAAAAAACUAGUAAUUGGACAAAGGCUGUCGUUGCAUGGCUAAGUCCUCUUAUCAAUUUUCCCUCCUGGAAAUAAAAUAUGAAAAUCCUUUUCUAUUUCUUAGAUUCAAGUCCACACAUCUGAAACUAAUAUACAAUUAACUAUCCUAGUAUCCAACAUUAGUUUAUAGCCAAAGGAAAUGCAUCGUUUGCCAUAUGAUUAACCCAUCUUAUUAGUUCCCCUUUCACUGGGAUGAAUAGGAAAAAGGAUUGCCUCAAGAUACUAACCCCUGUAUCAUGAUUGCCUAUUCCCAUGUCCAACAUAGGCUAAUGACCAAACAAUGUCGUUUACUAUAUGAUUAAGUUGUCUGAUCAACUUGCCUCUUACUGGGUCAAAUAUGAAAAUCCAUUUUAGAAAUGCCUCAAGAUAUUUACCCCGACUCAGACAACUGCUUGCACAACCCUGAAACACUUUGUUUGAGUCUAUGCCUCAGAUGUGGGCAACUGUUUGACUAUUCCCAUCCCAACAUGAACUAAUAUCCAAACAAUGUGUUUUCUGUAUGAUUAAGCCGUCUAAUCAGCCUCUCAGUGGUAUAUAAUGAAAAAUUGAUUCCAGAAAUGCCUUAAGAUACUUACCCCGGUUUAGACGAUCGUUUUUUACAUGAUUGCCUUACCUUGGAAGACUGUUUUCAAAUCCAUGCCUGGGAAAUGGACAACUGUUUAACAAUUCCCAUACAUAACCAAAUAAGAUUCACCUCGUGUUAAAGUUGUUACUGUCCUUUCUUGGGUUAAAUAUGAUUCCAGACUGCUUUUUGCAUGAUUGCCUAACCGAGCGGUUCUCUGUGGAGGUCACAAAGCAGAUGUGGGUGGGCCACAAUGCUGGGCACAAAAAUCAUUUUACUUUUCACUUCACAAACAAACUUGUUCUUCCUAGUUUUAUUUCUUGAUAGGGUUGUUUCAGUUUGUUUUCACUUCGUUGAGCGUGAAUUGUUUGAACAUAAUCGGAUUUGGAAUCAAAAUAACACUAUAAGCACCACACGAAUGAUAAACUGGGGUCAUGAUUGCCAAAAUCCUUUGGAACGGGGGGCCAUGACCCAUCAAAGUUUGGGAACCCCUGGUUUAACCGAUCAGCCUUGUUAUCAUUAUUGACUCUGAUGGCAAACAUGACACCAUUUAUUUGUGAAAAAUUUCUUUUAUUUUUAUCCGUUUUUUUUUUGCCUUUUGUUAUCGCUUGAAAUUAUAUUAAUACUUCUAGUGGCCUAUCUUGGCAAAUAAAUUGAUUUGGCUACAAA